GUUGUUAAGAUACUUUUCAUUCCCCCACUGCUUGUGUUUGUCGCGUCCCAUCUCAUAGGUAUCCAAAAACAAAAGUAGAAUGCUUUCGAUUUCGAGUUACAUUGGCUUCUUUCAAACCAAACACAAUCGUCGGUUUUGUACUCCUUCUGGUUCUGAGUGUGCUCCCAUAUAGUGUUGAGUUUAUUGUGUGAAAAUUCUUUUCAACCGAAGGACGUACAAAUAGUUUUCCUUUAAUCCGUUUUCCACUAUAAAUCAGUCUAUUGACUGGAUAUUUGGUUGGAUUAUACUUCGACUUCGAUUUUAUUAUUAUUAUCAAUUGCAAUUAUUAUUUUUCUUCAGUGUUUUGUUUUGUGAGAAGGAGUUACGAAUCUGGUACACAACCCAAGGGUUUGAGAGCGAAAACAAGUAGAUUAAAAUAACUUACCGUGUGCUAUCCAAAAACAAAUAUACUCGCCCAUAAAAAAAUAUUGUUAUUCGAUUAUUUGUUCUGUACUCGUUACGAGUACAACGUACAACGUACAAUACCCUCUGUCGUAUAGUUAUCGUAACAUUGUCUAAAGUCUAUGCGUGGAUGGAGUUAAUUUCAGAUGACAUAAAGUCUAAUCGAACGUUUUUGAAUUUUUGCGAAAGGACACGAGGUUGCAGUUAGUUCUAUUUUGUUAUUCGAUCGCUUUCUGCAGUUUAAGUCGUUUAUUAGAGUCUGUUGAAGAAUGUCCUAUUCGGCGAUGUACGCUACUAAUCGAAGCCAACAGACUUGGUCGAAUCCACAUCAGUUACGGAAGCAGAGAUCCUUUGGUGAGGGUACGACGGCGACGACGGUUACCAGUCGAAUCUCGAAUCCAAGCAGUGAUAGUAAUCGUAGUGGUCGUGGAAAGAGUGCCAAUCGGAGUGGUUCGGUGAUAUUGGCCAGAUUGCCAUCCGAAAGAAAUAAGUUUUUGUAUUUGCAAAAACAACGUUCCGUAGUUGAUCAAGUGUGUGCUGGUAUCCGUGGACGGAGUGAACAACGAUCUAGAAAAUAUUCAUUGGCUGGGAUCGGUGAUAAAGGCAGUUGGACGAGUCAAGCUUGUGCAAAUAAUGCUGCUUGCGGUGGUGGAGGCCCGAAACUAGCCUGGACCGAUAGUUCGUACGAUUGUGAUAGAUUAAUUGAGUCGGGUACUUUUUUAAACAGCAGCUGUAAGAAGAAUAGUACUAGUCAACUUUCAAUAAGCGAACGAACUAAGAAGUCAAAUAGCUCAUCAAAAACGGAGAACAAAAUCAAUCUUAAUAUCAAUUUAACCCAUACGAUAAAAUCAGCUGAUAAUGAUUCAGUUAACAGUGACAUUGACAGUUCGUCAGAUGGUGCAGAUUGUAUGAAAACCACACAUCAUCCUGAUACAAAGAAACCUAUAGGCGAUCCCAAUAAAAACAAUCAAUCAGCUGCUCAACGAAGAGCCCAAUUUCAAUCGACCAAAGGGGACCAAUUUUCUACUUGUAGUAUUAGUCCAACUGUUGGUUCUCCUAACACCGUUACAUUAAGCGCAUCUCCAUCUUUGACAAUUCAGAAACGACCACCAUUAGUACGUGCUAUGUCAGCACCAGUUCGUUCGAUAGCUGACACAACUAAGAACUUGUUAGCAAACACAAGACGGAAAACUCGUCGUCGACGGAUUUUACCGAGAAAUUCCAGCUGCGAUAAAGGUGGUGAAAUAGAUUCUGUUGCAGAGACAUCUACCAUCGGACAAACUGGAAAAAAGAUUUUUUCACGUUCACGAUCAACGAUAGCAUCGGAUGUUAUUACAUUGGUGUCACUUGCCAGUUCCGAAGGUAGUGAUUCAGAGAAAGAAGACAGUGGAUCGGCAGAUGAAUGUCAAACAGCAAGAGCGCCGCUAUUGAGAAAAACAGGAAAGUCAGUUUCAUUUCAAGAAAAUGAGCAGCCUACUUUCCAAAUGGCAGUUAAAGAAUUUCCACAUAUGCUACGAAGAGGCUCUAUUGCACCGUUAGCUGCUAGACUCCGAGCAAAUCGACCACCUACAGCGCCCCCUGGUUCAAUUUUCCGAACGGACUUCGAAAAUUGUACUAUCAAAAUGUCACAUUUGAUAAAAAAUCAAACAAAGGAUGACUUGUCAAAUGAAUCAGAUAGAAAAGAGAAUAACAUAUUUAACAGUAAUAGUUCGUCAUCUCGUCCAGAAUCAGAGUCACCUGUUGGUUUUGAUUUUCCCACUCAUGUGCGAUCGAUCAAAGAACGUGAAUGUUGGAAACUAUUUCAGAAAAUGUCUAAAAAAGGAGUAAGUGUUAAAUAUGACACCAUACUUCGUGGUAUGCUGACUCCAACUGAAUUUCGACACUUACAAAAGCAACGUGAAAUAGAGAACGCCAAGAAUCAAGAAACUGAUGAGAACAACGAAUCAACAACUGCUACCAAAGAAGCGGAAAAUAAUUUGCAAAAUAAAAACAAUUCUAACUAAAAUUAAUUUAAAAAAAAAUGAUGAAUUUGAUAAUUUUGUCAUUGUUAAGUUUGAAUAAUGUUAUGUUGU